AUGAAGGAGAUUCGUCGGCUGCUCACGGAAAACCAAGCAGCGGCAACAUCGAUUGUUGAGGAAACCAAGAAAAAGUUAGAGACCUCUCUGUCACACGACGAAGGCGACGAGUCCGUGGCAAGUGACGCCAAUACCAACUCGGAAUCAAAGCCUUCGUCUGAGACUAAUGGCACAUGCUCCGAGGCAACUACGCAGAUUUCCGUGGACGGUAUUGCUAGCGACGAAGAGCUGGAGCUGGACGAAAAUGAGGAAAAGAAUCACAGACGGAUAUAUGCGAGGACACUUCCGAAGUGCAGAGUUGAAUCUACAGUGAGUUCCCUAACUCUGUCGUAG